UACUGGGCAGGAUAAGGUUACGCCGAGGCUUCCUUGGACGGCGGGAAAGGAGGCGGUUCCGAGUUCGCGCUCGGGCCCGCGGGGGAGUUCCCACAGUGUGCAGCCGGGGCUCGCGGGGUCACAUCCUGGCUGCCGGCGGGCGCCGCGCCGGGCUCUGAGGGAGUGCGGCCUGGGGCGCCAUGGCCCGGGAGAGGCCGCCGGGAAAGGGCUGCGGCACCCUGCGCCGAUGUCUGCUCGGCGCCGCGCUGCUGUUCGGCCUGCGGCUCUGCACCGAGCUGCGACGCACCCGGGCCCGGCCCCUGGCCAGCAGCGCCCCUCCCGGCCCUGGACCCCGGCCGCCCGGGCUGCACCUGCCGCUCGCGCCCGGCCCGCCACGCGGCGCCAGCAGGAGGCAGGUGACCUACGUGCGCAGCGGACGCCGGGCGCCGCCGGGGAACAGCGGCAGCGGGACGCAGGAGCCGGGCUGCUGCGGCCCGCGCGGGCGCCCGCGCCGGAAGAGUCCCCGGUGGCACAUCAAUCUCCAGCCUUGGGCCGGCCCUGCUCAGUCCCUGGAUGAAGAAGCCUGGAGGUUCCUGAGAUAUAUCAGCACCACCCAGAUUGCAUGUGAUCACAUGAGUACAGACAGCCUGGGAACUGGCUCUGGCCCUGCAAAGAAGCCUUGGUCUGUUUGUCUUGAUGACAGAUUUGGCUUAGCUCAUCAAAUCCGAAAAAAGCAGUGCCGCCUCUACUCUUUGGGGCUGGGAAGUGAUGAUACCCAUUUUGAGAUUCGCAUGGCCAACGAUGGAUGUGAAGUGCAUCGUUUUGAUCCAAGUGUGAAGUCAGCGCACGCGUUGGAGAGCCAGCGCCUUUGGUUCCACCGCCUGUCCGUUGAUUGGCGGGACCCUCACCCGGCUGCUGCUGCCCAGAAACCUCACAGCAGCACCAGAAAACUGGGAACCAUCUUGAAUGAAUUUGGGCAUCACAAGAUUGAUGUUCUCAAGGCUGAUCUGGAAAGUGCAGAAUGGAAAAUUUUGGAAAAUCUUAUUCUAGAAGAUGUCCUUGAACAAAUUGGACAGCUUGUCUUUGAGAUCCAUCUCCACUGGCCUGGAUUUGAGGUCAGUGGCAGUGACAGCAGUGUUGUGCGCUUCUGGUACAGCCUUCUUAAAGAGUUGGAACUAAAGGAUUUCAGGCUUUUUCACAGUUACAAAGACUUAUCUAAACCCCAGCUAUUCCUGAAGAAAGACAUUUUCAAUGCAAGUAGCUGUUAUACUCUGAGUUGGGUGAACAUGAGAUGGAAACAGGAUACAGGGACCACGUCAAGAACCCAAGGAAGUAUUUACUGAGUGGUGCAUGCCUGCGCUUCCAAUUGUCUGCUCACCUAUCCGGUCUCCCACUAGACUGUUAUUUUUGCCAGCCAGGGACUGUGUUAUCAUCUCUGUAGUGCAUGUAGACCUGUGCCUGGCAUGUGGUCAGGGCACAGUAAAUACUUGUUGAAAGGAUGAACAUAGGAAUUGCCAUGGAGUCAACUCCUAUUCACCCAGACCCAGGCUCUUUGCCUUUUUACCUUUGACAGAGUGGGAAGGCUUGUCCUCCUCCACUUUAACUUGGAAGGUAGUCCCCCCACUCAGCCCAGUUUUUCCUAAAACUUAUUACAUAUUUAUAAACCCUGAAUUCACCAACAUUAAAAAUUAUUAAGAAUUAUGAAAAAACAACUAGAUUCUCAGAUACAAAUUCUUAGAUGCAACAGAUUCUUGAGUCUAUUGCCUACUGUUUACAAUAAGGCUUACUUUCAUUUGGCUUUGACUCACCUAUUUCAAGGCUUAUCUGUGCUCACCUUGUCAGUAGUAUCCUCUGUAACAUUGUGGAUUUCCAUCCUUUUUCAUUAGCCUUUGCUGAAGCCCAUGUUGUGGCUUUAUAAGAACCACUAGUUCUGGCUUCUGGGAACUCACACACCCCAAAUCCUGCUUUUGAAUUUUAAAGACUAGACUAUCAAGAGCUUCAAGUCAAGAUACUUUUCCUACUUGGCCAUAAAUCCCUUUCUGUUCCUAUGAAACUAAGCACAAAGAUUUUUGGGGUCUUAUUAUUGCCUCCUCUGAAUUCAAUCCUGAUUUCUCAACCAGACCUGCCUAUGCUGUUAAAUCUUUUUUUUUUCCCCUUUUAAAUACAUUAUCAAAAAUGUUGAGUUUUCCUUUACCAUCAGUUGCCAUCAGUGAAAAGCUUCUGACCUAAGGACCACAGUCUCUCUUUCCUGGAUGGUUAUACAAUGUUUCAGUAGCAUCAACCGUUUUUACAUUUUUAGAAAUUUAAUCAGAAAGUGCAGGUUCUCAAUAGUUCACAUGAUAUCUAUAAUUUCUGUUUAGAGGAUCAGACACUUUACCACUAUGAAUGAUUUUCAAAAAUCUGAUUUUAGAGAAAUUAAUCAAAUAGUAAAAACAUAUUCAAAGUUCUUACCUUACUAUAAAUUAAGUAUUUUUCUGGAAAUUUACAUCCUGAGAGAGCUUGAAACUAUAUGUACAUUGUUGGUUCAAAAAAAAAUUGAUGUGUGUGUGCGUGUGUGUGUGGGGGUGUGUAGAAUGCCAAUUAUUAGUAAGACUUUUUUCCUUCCCCCCAUUUUUUACUUCCUUCCAGACAUUCCCUGGGCCUGGCUUUUUAUUUCUUGUGGUGGUUUGCAAAUACCAAUCCUCAAGUGAGAAGCCAGAAUAUUUAGGAUGAUCUCACUCACCUGGGUUCCAAAGAGAACAAGACUUUCUGAAUUAGCAUUGAUGAUUUUUUAAAAUAUAAAUGAUGUUUUUAUUUAAAACACAUAAUACACUAAUUAAAGUCAUUGAGCUGAGAGGACCAGCUUGAGUUAAGUAUGAUUUGAAUAGUAGUUCAGUUGCUUUUAAUGUACAUAGGUAUUUCAAAAGUGUGGCAGGGUCCAUAAAAACACUAAAGCAGCUUUUACUUUUAGUUUGUACGGGACAGUCUCCAAAACAGAGUUAACUUUAGCCCACUUCUUGUUUGGAUUAUAUCAUGGAUUCUUUUUAAAAAAAUUUUGUAACAAUUUUAUAUACUAAGGAAUAUCUAGUAAACCUUUUUAUACACUAAACCUUUAAACUUUUUAUACACAAAGUGUGAAAAGCACUCUACUCUUUUAAGUGUGUACAGCCUGAUUAGCUUUUAGGUAUGUACAUAUCCAUAUCAAGAUUCUUAAUUCAUGAAAUUGCAGAUUGAUGGCCUUACCAAAAGUUCCCUUUGUACAGGAUGAAUUAACUAUUUAUUCCAGAUUGGUGGGGCAGAGCGUUGAGAUCAUCCCACUAUAUAUAUCUGAAGCAAGAAUGGUUGUGCUGUUAAAAAAAAAUGAGGUGCUCAAAAGAAAUCACAAAUACACACACCCACACCCACCUACUAGGCCGCCUGUUCGGUAGUUAUUUGUACUUGCUUUAUCUCUCUGUCCUUCAUUCCCUUUUUGGAUAGUUUGAAAUUUAUGAUGAACACUCUGACUUUUUGCUGUGGUUUCCCUACUUUUAGAAUUUAUUAUGCUUAUUGUGUAGGCCGGGGUUUCUUAAUCUUGGCAUUAUUGCUAUUUGGGGCUGGGUAAUUCUUUGUUGGGAGAGGAAGCUAUCCUGUGAGUUGUAGGAUGUUUGGCAGCACCCCUGGCUUCUACCCACUAGAUGCCAAUAGCACCUCCUCUCAGUUAUGACAACCAAGAUGUCUCCAGACAUUGGCAGAUGCCCUCGGAGGACAGUCACCCUCUGUGGAGAGCCACUGGACAGGCCAUGAGAAGGGGCCAAGGUGACCACAGCACAGGUGUUCGGGGACAUCCUGCUUGCCCUUGUAGAGACCAGGCAAAGCACUAACCACCACCACCACCACCAUCAUAACCUCCACAAAAGCAAACAAAAUGCAAAAAACAAAAUCAAGAACUACUAUUUACCAAAAGCCUACUAUGUGCCCAGCGUUUUGCAUAGUUUAAUUCUCCCAACAAUUCUGCAAGCAAGUGUAAUUUUCCUGAUUAUAUGAAGAAGGAAACUCGGGGGGGUUAAAUAGCUAUUAAAAUCACUCAAUUAGCAGGUGGUAGAGCAGAAAUCCAAAUCUCAUUGUGUCAGAUCCCAAAACCCAUGCUUGAUUCCCCUCCACAAGGCUGCCUCUGUAGCCUUUACCAGACAUAAGAUGUGGUAUCCUAACGGCAAAUUUUUGCCUCCCUAUUAUUAACAAAAGAGGGAAAACUACAAAUAUGCUUAGACCGAACCUGUAAAUCUGUUAGAGUUGGGCUCUUCCUGUGGCAUAUAGGUUUGCUUAACUUAAUCUACUUGAGUAAAACAGGCCCCCAGGUGUAAGCUCACUGAAGUGGGACUCAGCCACUUCUCUGUCAAUAUAUUUCAGCUGCCAGAAAAGCUGGCAAGGCCUGGAAGGGGCUCUUGCGCCCCAACACUUGGCAUUUUCUUCCUGGGCAUUAGAAAGGGCACAAUCUACUUGGAACUGUAGCACAAUUGCACUUGUGCUUAAGACUAGUCUUUGACCUGCAGUUAAAGGAGUUAAGAUAUAAGUAUCUGUGACAUACAUCUUCUUCUUACCAAAGUAGUGUUCGUAAAUGCUUCUGAAAACAUGAAUUUAAUAAUGCUCUUAUCAAAUGAUAAUUAAAACUAUUCUUUUUUAAAGUGAAAGAUAUGAGCUCAGAAGUUGCCUUUUAGCACAUUAAAACUCUAAAUUUGCUCACAAUUUGAGACUAACGUAAAAGAAACACAAUUACCCCUCUCCCUUUUCUUAGAGUGACUGCAUUUGUUGCAGUUGUAAUUGGUUAUCAUAUAAAUACUUGUAACUAUCUGACAUGUUCAAAUGAAGAGGGCCAGGGAGAAAUGAAUUGCUUGAAGGUCCACUAGUGUUUUUAUCAGGGUAGAACAAGAAUAAAUUCAUGAAUUUACAGUGUUUAGUCCACAUCACUCAUUCAUGUAAGGACUUCUACUCUGGUUAUAAGAUCUUUUAGUAAAUCACAGUGCAAGAUUUGCAUUUUCUAAGUAUUACAUGUUUUAAUUUUGCAAAGCUUGGAUUUAAUACCAAGAAGUCAGGCUCAUCAUCUUUUGCGUUUAAAAAUGAGGGCCUCCAUUAAACAGAUUAUUAUACUUGACCUUCAAGAUCAAUUAACCUAAGUUCUUUUCUGCUAAAACCAGCACAUGAAACAUAUAAUAUUUUUCUUACAAGUUUUUCUUAGUGCUUGGUUUUGUGCAAUAAAAUUCUUUGAAAUAGUAAUGUUUUUUUUUGUUGUUUUGUUCUUCUGUCAAGGUUGAAUUCUAAACCAGACUAUUUCAAUACAGAAACCAAAUAUACACAUGACUGAUAAUCAAUAUGUACCAGAUUUAUAGUGGUUGGUAAAUGGCUUUUGUCCUGAGUUCCACAGAGGGUCCCCUUCCACUAGGCCCUCUCAUAGGCCUUCUGGACCUCCCUAUGAUUGGGCAAUUAAUGGGUUAAAACACGGUCCAAGAGGCAGCCUUGAGGACCCUGCCCCAGCACCAUGGUUAUUUUCUAUUCUAACUGAUCUGUGUCCUGUCUUAGUGGUCACUGAUUUUGAGUAUCACCCCCAGGAAAGGAAUAUGUAAUAAACAAAGGUAUAGGUGGGUUGCUGAAUAUUAAUGAGAAACCACAAUUAUUUAUCAAUAAAAAUAAGCUAUUUUUAAAGAAAAUAUUUCUCAAAGACCUGGUAUCAGAUCACACAUCGUUUCCUUAGGGACCCCCUAUUUAAGGUGCCUGACUGUGUGUUCCCACAGUCCCCUCUACUCCCUGUCUUCAGACUCCUUGUACUUGAAUGUAUCUCCUUGUAUGUCUCUCUGUCCUACCAAACUAAGCACCACGAGGGUAAGGGCCAUGUAUAUAGGCUCAGUCCUACACGAAGCCUGCUGGGUCAAAUGUGCUCAAUUAACAUUUGUUGAAUAUGAAAGAAAAAAUUAUUUCAUCAUUUGUUACUGAAGUUUUCUUGUGUGGCAUUAUACAUAACUUUGGAAUUUAGAUGGGCCACUGUCCUUCAUUUUGGUUAAUAAAAAUUUAGGCACAGUUUGUUCUUUUCUUGACAUAAUGUUUAUUGCGCUGCAUGUGGUAGUCCUCAUUUCUGCAUGCUACCCUAGAGAUCUUCUUGACCUUGGGGACCUGAGAGUUAAAAGCUUUUAAGGCUCAAUUAUUAUUAGGCAUCUAAGUCCCAGAAUAUUAAACCUUAAUUUUCCUUUCUCACUCCUCAUUGUCCUUUCUUCUCAUAAAUUCCUGGUAAAUAUACUUUUAAGAGUCAGUAUAUAAAACUACAUUUCAUAGUAGUGUGGAGAAAAAAUUUCAGUUUAUGAGAGAAGGAAGGUAUGAGGAUAGGAGGUUGUUUCUGCCAAGGAUAGGAGGUAGUCUUUUUAAAAACAUGAUUAAAGCCACACUGAUUCUGUAGGACAAAAUGACUAAUAUAGUUGUUUAGUAAGGUGUAAAACAGGCCGAAAAAGGUAUUAUGCUCACAAGACUGACUUAACUAUAAGCCAAAGAAACCUCCUUGUGAGCACAAUUGUGAGAAGUGAUGGUAACUCUUCUCUAAUGGAAGGGACACAUGAGACUUGUCAUCCAAGGCUUUGAUGUUUCAUUGCCAAUGUUCUCUUUCAGGUAAUUUAUAAACAUGUUAAGGACACCAACCAUCCCCACCACAAUGCAUCCUCAAGAAUCACUCUAUGCUUAUCUACCUAGAAAAGUGCCUGUUUGAUGCUACUUCCUGAUCCUUAUCUUAGAACUGGCUUUUUAUUUAGCGUAAAAAUAAUCCCAGUUUGGGCUUCCAUAUUUAAAUAUUCAUUCAAUUAAAGUAUUCACUAAAGCCUCCCUUUUAUUCUAGUUUUUAGGUAGGAAGCCUGCCCUGGGUAAGGGUUGCAAUGAGGUAAAGAAGCCAUAUGGUAACCACUUAAGUUCAAUAGCAACAUGAUCUUGGGACUUUUUUUGUGCUGGAAAAGUACCCCUCUCGUUUUUGUUCUCUUAAAAUGGGGAAAUCCCGACUCCCUGCCACCAUGAAAUGAAUAAAUAUGUAAUGUGUUAAUCUGUGUGCUCUGAGGGCACUGCCCUGUUGUUGUUGUUUUAUUAGAACAAACACAUUUAUAUACUUGAACAUAUCAUGCCAACUUCUAAAGCAUAGUUUUUUUUUUCAGUAACGUCAAAGAGACCCAUUUGAAAUCUGUAAAUGGUUUUAUUUGAUGUCUCAGCAGAGUUAAGACUAAAAAAGAGAAU